GCGUCUGCUAGCGGCCCCGCUAUCGCGCAUGCGCGAGAUCUGUCCCUCCAUCUCGCAACGCAGCUCGCAUCUCGGCAACGUUGUUAAAAUCCCGCGCGUGUGGUUUUUCUGUUUCCACUCUCGGUUCUUCACCUUCACCGUUUCCCAGUUCCGCCGGUCGAUCUUCGGUGCUUCGUGUUGUAUGACGUACGGUGAAGUUUUGUCAGCCGCGCGUUCCACACACUUUUCAUCGCACACGGGCAUCGUACGUUGCCAGGAUGCCGAAGAGGAAGCAUCAGGCUCUGAUAGACUCCGACAGCAGUGGGAGCGCGUCGGAGAGCGGCUCGGAUCUGGACAAUGAUUUAUUAUCACUAGCAAAGAAAAAGAAAGGAAAGUCCCAAGAUGAUUCCCAAUCAAACGAAGAUAAUGGAUCUGUUAAGAAAGAUAUUAAACAUGACUCAGAUUUAUCAGAUUCCGAUGAUAACUGGAAUAACAAAACUGGAAAACCAAAAAAGAAAAAAGCACCAGCAAAGAGAAGCAAACGAAAGAUGACAAAGUCUAGUUCUGAAGAUAGUGCUAGUGAAAAAGAACCAGCUAAGCAACUUUCAGAGCCAGAAGAAGGUGAAGUAUCAGAUUCAGAUCCAAGUGUUUCCAGUUCUAGCCAAGAAGAAUUCAAUGAUGGCUAUGAUGACAAACUUAUGGGAGAUGCAGAGGAUCAAGCUAGACUCGCGCAAAUGACUGAGAAAGAACGUGAGCAGGAAAUCUUUAAACGAAUUGAGCAACGUGAAAUUAUGAAAACAAGAUUUGAAAUUGAAAAGAAACUGAGAAUGGCCAAGAAACAAGAAUUGAAAAAGCAAAAGGAAUCGAAAAAGAAAGAAAAAGGUGUUGAGGAGAAACAGAAAAUCGAUAGAGCACCGGACCCUAAAGAGAGAAGUAAAGAUCGCAAAAAGACAAUAGAAGAAAAACAAGAUAAAAAAUUUCAUGCAAUGUCAUUGCUUAAAGCUAGACGUGAAGAGAAAAAAGAACGAGAGGAAAAAGAAAAACAGAGGAUAGAACAGCAACAACAGCAAACGAAGGAUAUAGAGGAAGAAGAAUUAGAUGAUGAUCAUAAAGGUGGUACAAAUAAAACAAAACUUAAAGCAUCUGAUAUAUAUUCCGAUGAUAGUGGUUCAUCAGAUAGUGCAGAAGAGGAAGAAGUAGCUAAGCCGGCGUCUCGCAGAUCGUCUUCGAGUGAAAGUCGUGAUUCGGAUUCCGACAACGAUAAAAAAUCAAUUACCAGCAACAAAGCUAGACCUAAAAAACCAGUGUAUAUUAGUACUAAGGAAGACCUAAACAAAAUCCGAUUGUCCCGUCACAAAAUGGAGAGAUUCGUUCAUUUACCUUUCUUUGACAGAGUAGUGCAGGGUUGCUUUGUCAGAAUCGGAAUCGGCAAUAAUAACGGUAAACCUGUCUAUAGAGUAGCUGAGAUAAGUGGUGUAUGCGAAACAGGAAAGAUUUAUCAGCUUGGCGGCACAAGAACGAAUAAGGGACUUAAAUUGCGUCAUGGUGCACAGGAACGUGUAUUUAGAUUGGAAUUUGUCUCAAAUCAGGAAUUCACGGAUUCAGAAUUCUUUAAAUGGAAAGAAACCUGCGCGCUGCAAGGAAUAUCGAUGCCUACGUUUGACGAAGUAGAACAGAAAUUAAAAGAUAUUAAAGAAGCAUUAGUAUACGAAUUCAAAGAAGAGGAUAUAGAAAAAAUAGUUCGCGAAAAAGAAAGAUUCAAGCAGACGCCUUACAAUUAUGCAAUGAAGAAAGCCCAGCUGAUGAGAGAACGCGAUGCAGCUAAUUGUAGAGGUGAUGACGAAACAGCCAGUCGACUUAAUCAAGAAUUAAGUGAAUUGGAAGAACGUGCAUCUGAGCUGGACAAAAUGCGCACAGCAACAAUUUCCAGUAUAUCGUACAUAAAUGAUCGCAAUAGAAAGAAAAAUGUGGAGGAAGCUGAGAAGGCUAUAAUGGAAGAAUUUAAGGCCAAUAAAGGUAAGAAGGUCGACGAUCCAUUCACCAGACGAAGUACUAAGCCAAGGAUGGUAUACAAGCCGGAAGACGAAUCUGAGGUGGUAACAACAGUUUCAGUAAAUGAUAAAUCGAGUCCACAUCUGGCCGGAGAUUCGAUGUCGGCUGCUGAUAAGGAAAAUGGACAAGAAUCGAAGAAAAAGCAAAGUACAGAAGACUUAUUUAACGCACAUGACUUUGAUAUAACAAUCGAUUUGGAAGUUCCUCUUCCGAGUAAUCCUGUUAGCGUUGUACCGAAGCCUAUUAAUAAUAUUAAGGAUACAGGACCUCGUCGAUCGUUGAAUCUAGAAGAUUACAAAAAGAAGCGCGGUCUUAUCUAACAAUUCAUAUAUCUUAAACAUCAUAAAGAUAUAAGGUUAAGUUGUCGAGGUUGUCUUGUAGUAACUAGAGGUAUUACUUUUAUCGAAUGCUCCGUUUAACGACAAGAACAGGGAAUGUGUUCUUAUAAUGAUUGACUGAGAAAUUAGGUUAUUUAUAACACUCGCAAUGUUACAAUUAAUGGUGACUCCAUCUAUUUAAUACAUUGAGUGAUGACUGUGCUAAUUCUAUACUACAACUUCAUUCAUUUAUACUGUAUUACAGUUACAUGAAUAAAGGAAUAAAAGAAUAUUCACGAAACAAACUAUACGAUACCUGAUAACUUUCAGAUUCUUAUAAUUUGAUCAAAUUUAUUCGUAUUCGUGUAGAUAUAAUUAUUUACAUAGAAUUAUAUUGGUAAUCGGCGUCGUUCGAAAUUAUGUCCCAUUCCAAUAUAUUCUAAUAUAAAGAAAGUCGACAGUUAUCGUCUAUUACAGCACUCAACGUAUUAAAGAUGGUUUAUAAGUAAGAAGGUUCCAACGAAACGGUUCCUAUUAUGUAUCCCAAAUAGCGACAUUACCAUCACCAUUGAAAUAUAAUUACGCAACGAUUGUGUAUGUAGAACAGUUAUAUGGUAUCGAAAGUCUUAAGAAUGAGACAUAUUUUACUAAGUUCUGAGGAAAAAUAUGAUCUAUGAUAUUUUAUUCAAUACCAUAUAGAAUACCAUAUAGAAUAUCCCUCUAGCUCAUAUAUGAACGAAAGAGAGAGAAUGGGGAAAAAAGAUAUGUUUAUAUCAAAUGAUAAAAUAAUUUGCCAAAUAAGUAAAUUUUUUAAAAAUAGAAAUAUCUUUUGUCUAAGAAUUUAUUCCAGUCAUAGUAUAUGGCAUUUGACAGUAUGCCACAUGUUGUCUACAUGAUAGAAUAAAAAAUCUUCCAAAGGCCAUCGGAAAAUGAAAUACAUGUAAUUACAUAGAUAAUAUUAAUUAGACAUAACACUUAUUUUUUAAUUGCAUAUCUAUAGUAAUAUAGUAUUCGUUGAUGUAUAAUAUAUUGUCAUUUUAAUGUCUUCAUCUCUCUCUUUCUUAAUUUGCCCAUAUCUACUGCCUGUGCAAUUUCGAUAUUUUCUGUUGAAGAAAAA